AUGCUUGUUGCUUGUCGAACCAGCCACCCACUGACCAUUGACGUAACCAUGCAUACUGGGUCGCAGAUGCAUGGAAUUGUGCUGGCUAAGCGACUGCAAACAGAAAUCUAUAUAAGAAUUGACAUCUGCUGGUUGAUCUGCCAGAUUCAGCCAAUUUUGAUCCCAAUGAAUUUGCUUUCGCUCGUGAUUUCCCUAUACGUUAUUUGUCUUGCACAGGCUGUGCCUCUUCCUUCAUUUUUUAAACGGUUGUACAGCCCUUCGUCACCGGUUUUCUCGGUGAUCGCACAUCAUCAAGGAGCUGUUUUCCAGUAUAACCUAUUAAAAUGGGACGGGAAGGAUUUGGUGCUUAAUGCCGACGAACAGGCUUUCUUCGGAAGAGUGCGUGCUUCCGAGGGUUAUAUCUUGAACUUGCCUGGAAGUAAUAAGACUGCAAACGCAACUCAAGGAAUCGCAAACACAUAUAAUGUUCAUGUUAACCCCAAGACCAAUAAGUUGAGCACCACCCUCGAGGCUGCCAACUCCACGCAAGGCUUUGGAAUCAUUCAGCAAAAGUUGAGCUACAAGAAUUCCACCGAGUUUUUGGCAUGCCCUGAUGGAUCUUAUAGAGACGUCUACCACGUUUACUGGGGAAACAACAACAAGACCGUGUGUCCUCGCAGAGCCAAUGGGUACAACAUCGAGCUCAUUGUGCAAGUGGACGCUACCGUCAACUACACCCCUCAGACUAAUGUGCAAAAUAAUACCACAAUUGCCAACGGCACUAUUCUGACCAACACCACAACAUCCGCACCACUUGGUCUCCCGCCAAUCCAGAACAAAAAGAGAAGAUUCAUUCUCUUUUAA